AUGGCCAUUACGUCCUGCGUUAGAUGUUUGGAUAUAGACUAUAGGUGGUCUCCUUGGGCAUGCGUGCCUCUGGCGAUUCUUCUUUAUGCUGUUUUCCAGGGUGUGUGUAUACCUACUAACGUACAGCCAUUACGUCUUGCGUUAGAUGUUUUGGAAACAGUCUAUAGGUGGUCUCCUUGGGCAUGCGUGUCUCUGGCGAUUCUCCCUUAUGCUGUUUUCCAGUAUACCAUUGACUUUGACAUGCAUCUUUUAUUGAUUUGUAAUUGGUCUGUUGUCAAGUUACUAGAAUAUGUUGAAUCAAAGUCUGAUAUAUCUGAUGAUGUGUUCGAAACCCUUAAAGAAGAAAUAAGAUUAAUUUUGCUAAGUUACAAAAGCAGCUGCAACACUAAUGAAAAUGCAGAAAUCAAAGCGGAAGAAUUUUAUCAAGCUUUGACAAGUCUUUUUCCUCAACCGACGUGA